GUGGAAAAUCACCAAAUAUUAUAUUUGCUGAUUCUGACCUUGAAGAGGCUGUUAAAUGGGCUUAUCAAGGAAUCUAUUUCAAUCAUGGUCAAUGCUGUACUGCUGGCUCUCGUAUUUAUGUUGAAGAGUCUAUUUAUGAUGAAUUCCUUGAGAAAUUCAAAACUCAUACACAAACCAUUAAAAUUGGUGAUCCUUUUCAUCAAGAUACUUUUCAAGGUCCUCAAUCUGGUAAGAAUGAAGGUGCAACUUUAUUAAUGGGUGGUAAACGACACGGUGAUAAAGGAUAUUUCGUUGAACCAACUAUUUUCGUUGACGUGAAUGAAAAAAUGAAGAUCAUGCAAGAAGAAAUAUUUGGUCCCGUUGUAGCCAUUGCAAAAUUCAAAACUGUUGAUGAAGUAAUCGAAAAGGCACAUUUAACAAAAUAUGGCUUGGCCGCAGCUGUGUUCACUAAGGAUUUAUCGCGUGCAAUAAAAAUCUCAAACACAUUAAAAGCUGGUACAGUAUGGGUUAACUGCUAUAAUGUAAUGAAUGUCAAUACUCCAUUUGGAGGUUACAAAGAAUCUGGAAUUGGUCGUGAACUCGGAAAAUACGCUUUAGACAUAUAUACUCAAGUGAAGACAGUUCAAAUUAAUCUUGAACUCUAA